GAUCUGUUAACAAGCUCAGCACAGAACCACUGAGAAUCAUUCAUGAGGCAUUGGAAGAAUCCAGUGAUUGGUUUUAUGGCUUUAUUUCUUUUUUGUCUGACAUCGUAUGGAGUGAUGAUGAUGACAAUGAUGAAGGUGAAGUGGAGCCUUCCUUGAAAAAAGAAAUUCAUAAACAGAAACCGGAGAGACAUGAAAAAAGAACACCACUAAAGGUAAUUCACAGAGACAAACCUGAAAAACAAGAAAAAAUUGAGAGGAAGGAACCUCUAAAGGUGACACAUAAAGACAAACUGGAAAGACAAGAAAAACCUGAAAAAAAGGAAAUGCAUGCAGCUAUUCACAAAGAGAAACCUGAAAAGCCAGAAAAACAUGAAAAGAAAGCAUCUUCUAAAGUAAUUCAAAAAGAGAAACCUGAAAGACAUGAAAAAGCUGAAAAGAAGCCUCCUCCCAAAGAGGAGAAGAAAGUAAAAAGCACUAAAGUGGAAGCAAAAGUGAAAAAGGAAGUGAAGGAUGGAAAAACAGAAGCAAAGACGUCUGAGAAGGUCAAGCAGGCAGAGACUAAAUCAACAGAAGUUGGGCUAAUAAAGGCCAAACCGAAAGUUAAGGAGGAGAAAGCUCUUCAGACUAUAACUAAAUCGGAAAAGAAAGAUCAAUAUGCAUUCUGUCGCUAUGUGAUUGACAUGUUUGCGCAAGGGGAUUUUUAUCCAGGACAUAAGGAAAUGGUACCGCCUCGUCUUCUUCUAGAACAUAGUCCAAGAAAUAAACCAGCAGCUAUUGAAGAGAAAAAAGAGGAAAAGAAAAAAACUGAUGUAAAGAGAGCUACAACUGAAACUAAGAAGAAAGAAAAAGAAGGGAAAAAAGAGAAAGCUCAUGAGAAGACAGCUGUCCCUGCAAUUAAAAAAGCAGAUAAAAAAGAAGCUGCUGUGUCCAAAGAACUCAAAAAGCCAGCUAAACCUCCUGCAGCCAAACCAGCCACCAAAAAACCAGCAGCACCAG